AUGGGGUCACCAGCAUGCCCCGUCAUUUCAGACACUGCAGUGGACACCAGCUCUGAUAUCACAAUCAGGGACUUACAGGAGAAGAAGGAGAUUGAGGAGGAGGUGAAGGGAAGAGCUGCCCCUACUAAUGGGAACACUGAUGAGGAAAAUCGGAAGCAGGAGGCCGACAAUGAGGUAGAUGAGGAAGACAAAGAAGAGGGAGAGGAUGGAGAGGAAGAUGAUGAGGCUGAGGCAGCUGCGGGCACACGGGCAGCUGAAGAUGAUGAGGAUGACAAUAUCAACACCAAGAAGCAGAACACCAAUGAGGAUGACUAGACAGCAAAAAAGGAAAAG